GGCAGAAGGUCGUGCACUUACCCGAGCUGCACAAGAGCAGCGGCGCCAGCUGGGCUUCCUGACAGGCCGGGGUGGCCAUGGGUGUGCUCAGGAUCCUUGGCCCGCUUCUCGCGGCCCUGUGCGCUUACUAUUUCUACAGCCAGGAGGCCUUUUCAGCAGAGAUGGUGCGAGGCAAGCGUGUCCUGGUGACCGGCUCGAGCACGGGGAUCGGGGAGCAGAUGGCCUACGAGUUCGCGCGGAUGGGUGCCCACGUGAUGGUGACGGCCCGGAGGGAGGAGCAACUCCAGCAGGUGGUUCAGAAGUGCCUGGAGCUGGGGGCCAGCUCGGCUGCAUACGUCGUGUCAGACAUGAAGAACUUGACCUCUGCCCAGAAGGUUGUGGGAGAAGCCAAAGCCACCUUUGGGGGUCUUGACAUGCUCGUGCUGAACCACGUGGGAGGAAAUGCAGGAUUUCAGCCUUUCAAAGGAGACAUGGAGUUAGUGAUCAGCUCUAUGACCGUGAAUUUCCUCAGCUAUGUACAGCUGACCAUUUCGGCAAUGGACCUUCUCCGAGAGGCUCAUGGGAACAUUGUUGUCGUGUCUUCUAUGAGCGGCCGCAUCCCUGCCCCGUUCUCCACCGCGUACGCCGCAGCCAAGUUCGCCCUGGAGGGCUUCUACAGCAGCCUGCGCACGGAGCUGCGGCUGCGGGGAGUCGACCUGCCCGUCACCGUGGCUGUCUUGGGGUACAUCGACACAGAUACUGCUCUGAAGAUUGUGGGGGGCAAAAUCAACAUGCAGGCAAGCCCGAAAGAAGACUGUGCCCGGGAGAUCGUGAGAGGUGGUGCGCUGCGAAAGCGGGAGGUUUUCUAUCCUUAUUGGAGCACCAAGCCUGCCCUGUUGCUCCGGGACUGGCUGCCGGAGCUCAUGGAGCAACUCAUCGGCCAAGCAUACCUCCUGGAGAAAAUCCUCUGACGGGCUUGUGCUGUGGCCUUGGGCGUCCCAGAAAAACGCACGUCGGCCUGAAAGUCAUUCCUUCCCCAAGCUGGCCACAAAGGAAAGUGGCAAAGUGGGCAAAACCUUCAUUGCAAAUCUACAUAUUCGUAGGCAAUCAAGUCACAUUUCAAGUUUA